AUGCGUUUCUUCUCUGUCAUCCCCCUACUCGUCGCUACCGUCUCCGGCGUCUUCGCCGCUCCCAUUCCGUCUGGAGAGUCCCUUCCUUCGCUCGUCGCCAUCCAAAGGAGGGACGGGUACCUCUAUCGGGGUACCAAUAAAGACGACGUCAAGGACCUUGCACCUACAAAGACCAGGUUGGCAGGCAAUCCGGCCAUUGGGAGAGAGCCUGAGCUCACAAAGGCCGAUCAUGGGGAUCACUAUGUCCAUGGCGGAAGUGGCAUCUCAGUGAGCACAGACCCAUCUGCACUUUCUCAACCGUAUCUCUGGAGAAAGAAGGAAGAAGACGUCAAAGAGAGGUUCAAGGUCACGCAUACUCCCGAGCAUGGUCAUGACCCCGCCACUGGUUACCACGACACAAACCACCAUUCACUACACGUCCAUGAGGGGCAACAACUCACUCAUGCCGAGAUCAAAGAGCACUUCAGGGGGUGGGAACGUGUUCCAGGUACGUUGAUUCCCUUGCUUUAUCCCAACGCUCGUUCAACUAAUCUCCAAACCCCGCCAGAUCAUGAGCGACUCCAACAUGCCCAAAAGGAAGGUGCUCAUCCAAAGGCUGUAUCCAACUAUGAAAAGGCAAAGAAUGAUGAAGCAAGAAAACAGGCGGAGAAGGAGGCAAAAGCGGCAAAGUCGGGACAACAGUCCCAACAUCACGCCCAAGGCUCUCACCAACAACAGCAGCAGCAUCACUCAACUAGUGGCUCCCACACUGGUGAAACUCAUCCACACCCGCACCCUGCUGCCGCGCACUCGAGUGGCUCGCCUCCAGGCUCACCCACUGCAGCCUCGCAUCCUGCCCCGCAUCCUGCCUCACAUCCUGCCUCACAUCCUGCCUCACAUCCUGCCCCGCAUCCUCAUAAUGCCCAUGGCGGUCACUAA